AUGCGUUAUGCAGUCCUGGUAACUGGCCCAGCCGGUGCAGGAAAAUCUACGUUUUCAACGUCCUUUAUGACUCACCUCCGCAUGUCGAAACGAAGCGCAAAUAUCGUGAAUCUCGACCCUGCUGCAACAGGCGAUGCAUUUGAGUAUGAGCCAGCAAUCGACAUCCGAGAACUUAUCAGCUUAGAGGAUGUGAUGAAUGAAAUGGGGUAUGGGCCGAAUGGCGGCCUAGUUUAUUGUUUUGAGUAUCUCUUGCAACAUAUUGACUGGCUGGAUGAAGAGUUAGGGGGCUUCGAUGAUGAUUACUUGAUAAUUGACUGCCCUGGUCAGAUUGAACUGUAUACACAUCACCCUUUCCUCCCGUCUUUAGUGCGACAUUUGACACGGAUGGGUAUACGUACAUGCGGAGUCUAUUUGCUGGAAUCACAGUUCAUGGAAGACAAAUACAAAUUCUUCAGCGGAGUGCUCACUGCCAUGUCUGCCAUGGUGAACCUUGAGGUUCCCUGGAUCAAUAUAAUGUCAAAAAUGGACCUUAUCACGUCCAAUCCGGAUAACUCUUCUGGUGGUCCACGCAACGGUCGCCGUACUCGGAAGGAUAUUGCACGAUAUCUCGACCCUGAUCCUCUUCUUAUCGUACCCCUUGGACGCGAGUCUCCUAACACUAAUCCAAGAUUUCAUGCACUUAAUCAAGCCAUUGUUCAACUGAUUGAAGAUCAUCCACUUGUGUCCUUCCUCCCUCUCGAUCUUACAUCUCCGGAUUCUCUUGAAACAGUAGUAAGCCAUAUAGAUUUUACGAUGCAGUACGGUGAAGACGAAGAGCCGAAAGAGCCGCACGACAUGGAUGAGGGUGAUUUUGCGGACAUGGAGUAG